AUGCUCACUCUGGCAGCCUGGAAUGUUCUUUCCCUUUUAGUCAACCCGAGGAGUAACCGACCGGAACGGAGGACGGCGUUAGUGGCUCGGGAAUUGGCGCGGAACAAGGUGGAUAUCGCAGCACUCAGCGAGGACCGGUCCUCCGAAGAAGGCCAACUGGAGGAGAUGGGUGCCGGCUACACCUUCUGGAGCGGUCGCCCCAGGGCAGAACGACGGGACGCGGGUGUCACCUUUGCCAUCCGGAACUACAUCGUGGGACGACCGCCCUUUCUGCCGCAGGGCAUCAAAGAUCGUUUGAUAAGCUUCCGCCUGCAUCUUCGAGGAGACAAAUUGGCUACUAUCCUCAGCAUCUACGCUCCACCGAUGACCAGCCCUGACGCCGCAAGGGACAAAUUCUACGAGGACCUGCACGCACUCCUGGCGACUGUGUCGAAGGUGGAUAAGUUGAUUGUCCCUGGUGACUUCAUCGCCCGCAUCGGCACAGACCGUGCUGUCUGUAGAUGGGUGCUAGGUCCCCAUGGUCUCAACGACUCCAAUGACAAUGUCCUGCUCCUUCUGUGGACCUGCGCAGAACACCGACUCAUCCUGACAAACACCUUCUUCUGUCUGCCGAUGUGAAAGAAGGCCCCCUGGUUGCAUCCUCGGUCACGUCAAUGGCACUCGCUGGACUAUAUCCUCGUCCGGAGGUUAGACCGGCGCGACGUGCUGGUGACAAAGGCGAUCCCGGGUUCUGACGGGUGGACCGACCAUCGUCUUGUCAUCUCGAAGAUGCAUAUUCGCCAACAGCCUCUCAGAAGACCACAAGGUAUGCGACCCCCAGGACUGGUUCGACGACAAUGACGCCGUCAUCAGCAACCUGAUCGCCGAGAAGAACCGCCUGUAUAAAGCCUACGUCGACCGCCCCACCGACGAUAACGGAGCUGCUUUCUACCGUAGUCGCCACCUUGUACAACAGCGGCCGAUGAGAUUCACGGAUACGCGGACCGCAAAGAAUGAAAGAACUUCUUCUCCACGAUCAAAGCUGUCUACGGUCCGCCAACCAAAGGCAAUGCAUUUUUUCUCGGCGCCGACGGCAGCACCAAAUUUUACAGCGAUAGGCCGAGCACUUCUGAGGCGUCCUCAACCGUCCCUCCACCAUCUUCGACGCUACCAUUGCCCGUCUGCCGCAAGUGAAGCCAACGUGGACCUCGACCUUCCACCCUCUCUCCACGAAACCAUCAGGGCCGUGCAUCAGCUGUCCAGCGGGAAAGCGCUCGGAUCGGACACGAUCCUUGCUGAGAUCAACAAGCACAAUGCCCCCCAACUCAUGGGGCAUCUGACGGCACACCUCCAGGAGAUGUGGCGUCAAGGAGAAAUCCUGCAGGAUUUCAAAGACGCCACAAUCGUGCAUCUCUACAAGCGAAAAGGGAACUGCCAACUCUGCAACAACCACCGAGGCGUCUCCUUGUUGAACAUCGCCAAGAAAAUUUCCGCUCGCAUUCUUCUCAGCCACCUGAACAAUCACCUGGAGCAAGGUCUUCCACCGGAAAGCCAAUGCGGCUUCCGUCGUCAUCGUGGGACCACGGAUAUGAUCUUCGCCGCCCGAGAAGUGCCAGGAGAUGCGGACCCACCUGUACUCUACCUUCGUGGACUUGACGAAAGCCUUCGACACGGUGAAUUGUGA